AUGGCAGACAGACCACCCGUCAUGCCGGGCGGCAUGCCCUCGUCGUUCGACGAUAACCAGGUCAUGAACGAGAAGCCGCUCGUCAAGGUCGUCAGAAAGAUCAAGGAGGAGCCUCUGGUGCCAUUGGGUAUCGGCCUUACCGUCUAUGCCUUCGUGAGCGCCUACCGCGCCCUCCGAAAGGGUGACUCGCAGCAGGCCAACCGCAUGUUCCGAGCCCGUGUCCUCGCCCAGGGAUUCACCGUUGUCGCAAUGGUCGCCGGCAGCAUGUACUACAGCAAGGAUCGCGCCCAGUCCGCCGAGCUACGAAAGCUGCAGGAGCAGCGCGACGCCGAGGAGAAGCGCCAGAAAUGGAUCCGCGAGCUCGAGGUCCGAGACGAGGAAGAGAAGGCAUUUAAGGCGCAGCUCCAUGAGAAGCUCAAGGUCGCCAGUGCUGGGAAGGAUGAGUCCGAGCCCAAGGCUGAGGGUGGCACGGGAGGCAUUUUAGGAAGAAUGGGUCUUUGGCCGUCGGGACAAAAGAAGGCUGCUGAGUCUGAGGCUGAAGUAGCGAAGGCCGAACCAGAGGCAUCGGAGAAGAAGCACAAGAGAGAGAAUCCCAAGAGCUCAUUAGGUGCCCUGGGCGAGGUGCUUUCGUCACAAAAGAAGGAUAAGAAGGGCGACGACGGUGAAGGAAAGUAA